UUGUUGGACACAGUCUAUCUGUCUACCCUUGCAUCUAUUUGAGCGUCAAAAUCCUAUUGCAAGGGUUCUUUCCAGGGCCGGAUUUAGGGGGGGGCGAACGGGGCGACCGCCCCCCCUAACAUACAGCUCCAUUCCAUGUGCUGCUGUGCACACAGUGUACCGGAGAUCUGCAUUAACCCCUCCCACAGCAGAGCGAGUCACAGCUGGGUGAGACAGAUAGACGGGAUUGAGCUGAGCACUUGUGCAGAGGGAGGAGAGAGCUCUCCCGAGUCCCAGCCAAUCAGAGCUGGCCUUCCUCCCCUGCUCCUCCUCUCUCCCCUGGUCUCCCUGUGUGUGAGCCUGGUCAGCCUGUUGCAAAGCAUUACUGGGAUUUUGAGUCUCUCGCGUCUCACCAGUGUCUGCCCUGCAUCAUGUCUCCUGACUGAGCUGCAAGAGGAGCCCCCCUCCUCACCUUCCUUCUCCCCCCAGAAAUUCCAAUCUUCUUGUCUGCAGCUUGUAACGGAGGUUAUCUGGCAGGGGUAGAGGGGUUAGCGUUACAAUCAGUGGCACCAAGGACGAUGCAUGGAGCCAGAGGGAAGCCUUUAUUUUGCGUAAGCGGAACGAAGUCUACCCUACUGCAGUUUCCCAGAGCCUGAGAGAUACACAACCAACCCUGUUUCUGAGAUAUAGCAAUCAGCGGGUCAUCCAUCGCUAUUCUGUGUAAGUUUUGCUGGAGAAAGAAAGAAAGAAAGAAAGAAAGAAAGAAAGAAAGAAAGAAAGAAAGAAAGAAAGAAAGAAAGAAAGAAAGAAUCAUGCACAAUAUGAACACCAAAGUCUGACAAUAGUGCAUACAGUAAGCUGAGAAUAAGGUUGCAACAAUGUUGAAGACCAAGAGGGCACAACACAAUGGAUGUCAUCAAGGCAGUGCUCUAUGAUAUUCUCCCACAUACCCAAGAUCAUAAACAAAUGUGGAAAUAUGGACUGGAACAGCACACUUGUCCUCUUAUUCAUCUUUUGUCUGACAUAUAUCAUCCUGAGCUUCAUGAAGUUAUAUAAGGAGAAAGCAUCACUACCGCCUGGACCCAUGCCUCUACCAUUCAUCGGGAACCUUCUACAGAUUAACACAAAUGACAUUGUCAGCACACUUAUGAAGCUAAAAGAUAAAUAUGGACCGGUAUACACCCUGUAUUUGGGACCUAAACCAGGACUGGUUAUAUCUGGAUACAGCGCCGUAAAGGAGGCUUUGAUUGACCAAAAUGAUGUAUUUGGCGAGAGAGGGGACUAUCCUGUUUUCUUGAACUUCAUAGGGGAACAUGAUAUGGCUUUUACCAACGGUGAGAUGUGGAUGAAACGCAGGCGCUUCGUUCUGCAAACUCUGAGGAAUUUUGGGAUGGGGAAGCAGAGUGUGGAAGAACGGAUACUGGAGGAGGCACAUUUCCUCAUCAAGGAGUUUGAGAAAACAAAGGGGUCUCCAGUGAACCCCAGCACAUACUUUGCUCAAUCAGUUUCCAAUGUUAUUUGCUCCAUCGUCUAUGGAAGUCGUUUUGAUUAUAAGGACAAGAGACUCUUGGCUAUAACUGCCAGCAUCAAUAAUAACUUCCAUAUCAUGAGCAGCACAUGGGGGACGCUAUACAACAUGUUUCCAGACAUCAUGGAUUAUCUUCCAGGUCCACACAGGAAAAUAAAGAAGAACUUUCAAGAUAUUUAUGAAAUCACAGCAGAAAUGAUCAAGUAUCAUGAGAAAACACUGGAUCCGAACAAUCCUCGUGAUUAUAUUGACUGCUUCCUCACCAAGAUGAAGGAGGAAAUGGAUGACCCAGACUCUGCAUUUUACUACGAAAGUUUGUUGAGAACCAUUCAAAAUAUUCUCUUUGGGGGAACAGAGACAGUUAGUACAACUCUCAGAUAUGGAAUCCUGGUCCUUAUGAAGCACCCGGAGGUUACAGAGAGAAUGCAGGAGGAAAUUGACCAAGUUGUGGGAAGAAAUCGAACUCCAUCCAUAGUGGACAGGAAUCAGAUGCCAUACACCAAUGCAACUAUCCAUGAGAUCAUGAGAUUUUGUGAUGUUUUACCGAUUAGUCUCCCUCAUAAAACAUCAAGAGAUGCCGUUUUCAGAGGAUUCUCCAUUCCAAAUGGCACUUUCGUCACCGCGCUGCUGCACUCUGUCCAUUAUGAUCCAGAUAAGUAUGCGGAACCAAACAAGUUCAACCCAAACCAUUUCCUGGAUGACAAAGGUUGUUUUAAAAAGAAUGACGCACACAUGCCUUUUGCUGCAGGGAAGCGGGUAUGUGUAGGAGAGAGCCUGGCCCGGAUGGAGCUUUUUCUCUUCUUCACGUCUCUGUUUCAAAAUUUUAACUUCAAACCUGUGAUUGGAAAGAAUGAAAUAGAUGUGAAACGAACAGGAAGUGGACUGGGGAGUCUCCCUACUCGGUACGAGUGCUGUGUUUUACCUCGCUAGUCUACUGGACUCUACUGGACUCUCUAAAUGCAAGUUGGACAAUACGAAUCCAUCUAUUCCAAAAUCCUUGUUGAAAUUGAACAUUAUUCCAAACAAAGCUUUCGUUUAAGAUCUAUGUUUUUUAUUAAUAAGCUACUGUUUAGAUUCUUUUCAUAUUCACUGUAGGUGGUUCCCAGGGGCCCCCAAAUAAGUAAUGAGAAUAUACACCUUUGUGUUUAUCAUGUUCACCAAACUACUACUGUAUUUCUCAUUUCAUUUCAUGGAAAUCUCUCCAAAAUUCACACAUCCUAUACUCUCCCUGCAAUUCACCCUUCUGUGCACAUUCCAGCUUCAAAUAUCAACUCCCCUCUUCUUAACACUCAUGAGCCUUUUACUUACUUCUCUACAGGUACUUUGACAUCCACAAUCUGCCACCAUAUAAAACAUUCACAAACUUCCACCAAUAUUUAUCUCUCUCUUCUGCUUUUACUAGCUGGCAACAUAUCACCAAAUCAAGGGCCCAACCAUUUGCCCCACUCAAAUUCAGCUUAUUCAAAACAAUACAGAAAUCCAUCUAACCUCAUAAAUAUCACAUGUCUCCCAUCACCCUCCAAGUCAUUAAAAUGUGCCUUAUUGAAUACAUGCUAUGUUUGCGCCAAAUUAACAUCCAUCCACAACCUCUUCAUCUUUGACAACUUCAACCUGCUGGCUAUAACCGAAACAUGGCUCACACAAUCAGACACAGCCUCCCCUGCAGCACUGUCACACGGUGGUCUCCACUUCACAUAUACCUCCAUGCCUAGUAACAGUAAAGGAGACAGGUUUGGACUAUUAUUGCCCCAAUUUUUUACAUACACAGUUCUACCACUGGUUCCAUCACUCACAUUCACAUCAUUUGAAGUUCAUUCUAUCAUGAUUUUCACCCCUUUCUCUCUGCGUGUUGCAGCUAUCUACUGCCCACCUGGGCAACCCAAAAAACUAUUUCUGAAAGAAAUUUCUGCCUGGCUCCCUCACUUCUUAUCCUCUGACAUCUCCACCAUCAUCAUGAGUAAUUUCCAUAUGGCUAUUGACAGUUCACAAUCUCUUCAUGCCUCCAAACUCCUCUUUCUAACCUCUUCUGUUGGCCUCACCCAAUGGUCUAACUCCAUUACCUCAUCAGGAGGGCCACUGCCUUGAUCUUGCAUUCACCAUACUCUGCUCAGUUUCUCAAUUCACUAACACUCUUUUCCCUCUCCCUGAUCACAUCCUUAUCACCUUUUCGAUCUCCUCCAUUACUCCUAAAUCUAUGACACUGAAUUCAAGCAAGCCUCCUCAAACCUGCAGAAAUACUAACACUAUUAAUUUUCAUCAACGUUCCACCCCUCUGCAACGACUGCUCUGACCAAUUCCUACAUUUACCUCUCCUGAGACAGCUGUAUCCUACCUGACCCAGAGUCUAGAAAGUGACCUUGAUGAAGUGGUUCCAGUUACCCAUCACACUCCAUGUAGGCUUAGAUGACAUCCGUGAAUGUUAAAUUAACAAGACACCUACAAAACAUGUCAGGUAAAGUAGAACGUCAGUGGCAUAAAUCUCAAAAUCCAAGUGACUUCCUCACAUAUAAGACCGCCUACCACUCCUAUCGUAAUGCCCUGGACAUUUCCAAUCUCUUAUCUCUUCUCAUGCCACCAACCCCAAGCAACUUUUUAAUAAAUUUAAAUCACUUCUUUACCCUUCCUCACUCUCCCCACUAGCUACUACCAGUGGACAAGAACUUGUUUCCCACUUCAAGGACAAGAUUGUCAUCUGAGAUUAAAUGGAAUUCUCUUCCUCAGCCAGCGACCUGCUCAGUCCCCUACCUGAACCCUCUGGCACUUUCUCUUCAUUUGACCCCACAAAUGAAGAUGAAGUAUCAACACUCUUCUCAUCCUCCUACUCCAAUACCUCUCCUCUUGAUUCUAUACCCUCAAAAGUCAGUAAAACGCUGUCUCCUGUGCUUAUCCUAACCUAAAAUCUGUAAACUCUCUCACUUUACUGGUAUCUUUCGUUGUCCAUUUAAACAUACAGUGAUUACUCCCUUUCUGAAAAACACAAUUCUUAUUCAAUCUCUCUCUCUCUCUCUCUCUUACAGUCCCAUCUCUUAGCUGCCAUGCCUCUCCAAUUUACCUCACACACUUUCUCAACUCCCAUAACUUAUUGGACCCACUUCAGUCAGGCUUUCAUUCCCAACAAUACACAGAGACAGCACUGACUAAAGUAGUGAACGAUCUGGUCACUUUAAAGCCCAUUACUCACUUCUUAUUAUUCUAGUUAUCUCUGCCACUUUUGACACCGUUGACCACUCUCUUCUCAUACAAACACUACAAUACCUAAGUCUUCAGCAUACAGCCCUUUCUUGGUUUUCAUCCUACAUAUCCAAUCACUCUUUCAGUGUUCGCUUCUCUGAUUCCACCUCCUUUUCACUACCUCUAUCAGUUGUAGCACCACAAGGCUCAGUCUUAGGUCCUCUGCUUUUCUCAAUCUAUACUUCAUCUCCUGGCAAACUAAUCAGCUCCUUUCGAUUUCAGAUUCAUUUGUACGCUGAUAAUACGGAAAUAUAUCUAUACUCCCAUUCAUUUUGUUCCGUGUCUCUGAAUGCUUUUCUACCAUUUAAUUUUGGAUGUAAUUUCGCCACCUUAAUCUCAACAUUUCAGCAACAGAAUUAAUUAUAUCUCCUCCAGCCAAAAUAAUUACCAACCUCAUACCUCCAUAACUAUUGACAACAUGACAAAUUACCUUACCCAACAAGCUCGCUGCCUAGGUGUCAUCCAUGACUCCAAAUUGUUACUUGUUCCACAAAUUCAAUCGGUCUCUAAAUCAUGUUACAUGCAUCUAAAAAACAUAUCCAAAAUAUGACCUUAUCUUACACAACAAGACACUGCAAAAAUUCUAAUCCACGCUCUCAUUAUCUCCUGCAUUGAUUACUGCAAUAGUCUCCUAACCGGUCUUCCCAAGAAAAGACUCUCACCACUACAAUCCAUUUUGUAUGCAGCUGCAAGGCUGAUCUUCCUAACAAGAUGUUCAUCAUCUGCAGACCCGCUCUGUCAGUCCAUCCAUUGGUUUCCCAUAUUCUAUCCACAUUCAAUAUAAAAUACUUCUACUCACAUAUAAAGCUAUUAACCAAACUACACCAACAUAUAUCGCUUCGCUUAUCUCAAAAUAUCUUCCAAUUAAACCUCUCUGCUCUGCACAAGAUCUGUGUCUCUCAUCCGCAAAGAUUUCUCACUCCCAUUCACAACUGUAGGACUUUCUUCGGGUAGCACCAACCCUAUGGAAUGCCCUCACAUGCACAAUAACACUUUCCUCUAGCCUAUAAAACUUCCACCUUUUCAUGCAAGCCUAUCAAAUUCCAGAACUAUCCACAUAACCUUCAGAAGCAUUCAUAUCUAAUUAUAUCCCAUCAGGACUGUCUUUGCAUUCUUGUCACACAAAAUAAUAUAAUGUUGCAUGUUGGUGCAAAAGUAGAUGCAAUCAUGCAUUUUAGUCAGUUUAAGCAAGGAAACCACUCCCAUCUUCCCAAUCUUUCCCAAUAGACUUUGUACGACAAUAGUUGUUGCCAUCAUGGCUGUCAAAACUAGGUACAGUAUAGCAGAGCUUCUCAACUCAAGUCCUCAAGUGCCACCAACAGGUCAUGUUUUGUGGAUGUCUUUAAUCAUACACAGGUGAGUUAAUCUAUUUUACGGGGUCAGCUCUCACUUCACCUGUUUCCAGAGACAAAAAUCCUAAAAACUCGACUGUGGAAAACUUCAGGGUUGAGGUUGAAGUCCACCGCACUAUAGCAGUGCUUUAUGUAGCAAGUUAAUUAUGUUGAGUUGAUUAUCUACUUAAGAUAUGAACACUAAGAUGAUAUGUCGCUUUAGUGAGUUACUUUGUCUUCUUACAGAGCAACUUUCUUCAAUAAAAGGCAUAUUAUUUUAA